GAGAUUUAUAUUGUACAACCUACAUAUUAUGUUAGCAUUAGCUUUGCUGUUUAUAGUGGAAGAAGACCUAUAUUGAAUAGGUCUUCUUCCAUUUUCUUACUGAAGUAGAAUAUAACUAGAAUUGCAACAAAUCUACUAAAGUAAAAGUGCUUUGUUAGUAUAAAUUACAAUAUUUUAUAAUAUUAACUUAUGUAAAGAAUUGUUAUCUAUGACAAGUAGUAAAGCCUUUUUUUUUUUUUUUUUACAUUUUAACAGAUGCCUCUAUCCAACAAAGAACGAUUUGCACGUUACUAUGCAAAGAUCAAUGCAGAUCCUGCUGCUAGAGAGAAAAUGCUGGAGAACAGAAGGCAAAGGUAUCAACAGAUGAAACAAGCUGGACACAAUAAUUACAUUCCAAUCUCACAACUGCCUGCAUCAAAAGCUCAAGACAAAAGGACACAAUGGGCACACAAUCAAAGACAACACAGGAAACGUUUAAAACAGGAAGAAGCUGUUUGCAAUCUCACUUUACAGUCAGUGGAUUCAAUAGAAGAUCUCCCCUGCCUUGACCAACCAGAACAAUCUCAAAUGUCCUUUCAGCUUCACCAGACGCCAUCAAAUAUGUGUCUUAAAUCAUCUGAUUCAUCCCGAAACUCUACACAGCAACCAUCUGAGGAGCCAUCUUUGUCAUUUGAAAAGCCAAAAUGCUCCUCUACACCAGAUGUUUCAGUGAAAGAAAAGAAAAAGAAGACUCGUCAUGAUAGAGAAAAACAGAAACUUAGAGAGGAAAUACAAGAGCUGAAAAAGAAACUUUACAAAGCAAAAAGAAGAACAGCUCAGUUGAGCAAGAAAAUGGAGCGUAUUAAAAAACAAGAGAAAAAAACAAAGAAAGACAAAAAGUCAAGCAAAAAAAAGAUUUAUGGAAAAAGAGAAAGUGUGAAGGAAUUUCUGACACGUGAUGAGAACAGCCGACUCUUACCCGGCAAGAAAGAUACAAUUUCUCUGAAUAAGGUCAAGGAGCAACGUCGAGUUCUUGUGAAGUCACUGAAAGAACUUCACAAAGAAUAUUGUCAAGAAGCUGGUAAAUUAUCAUACAGACAGUUUGUUCGUCUGCGCCCAUUCUAUGUCACCGAACCUAAAAGUCGAGAUCGCAAUACUUGUGCCUGCUAUGACCAUGAAAAUCUCACUUUACUUAUCGAGAAAAUGUUUCAAAAUGGCAUUUUGGGAAGCAAAAGCAUGACUGAUGCCCUGUCCCAUAUUGUGUGUGAUCUGAAGAACAAGAAGUGUAUGUUUCGGCAGUGUGCCAAGUGCUGUUACAAUGAUAUAGAGUUAGCAGUACCAAACAACUCUGAAACUAUUUCAUGGUACCAAUGGACCAAGGAGCGUGUUUCCACAGAAGGAAAAACGUACACCCAUUUUGUGAAGAAGGCUUUCACUGGAACCUGGGGCGAUCUCUUAAAAAUCUUCAAUGAGAAGCUGGACUCCCUGGCUAAACAUCACUAUAUUUGGAUACACCAGGCAGAGCAAUGCAGGUUCCUCAAGAACACGCUUCAAAAUGAUGAAGCUGUAGUCCACAUGGAUUUUUCAGAGAACUAUGCAUGUAAAAUGAAUGUUGAAGUUCAGGCGUUUCAUUUUGGAGGAAGUAGGCAACAGGCAACCGUGCACACAUGCAUGGUCUAUACAGCUGAAAAUACAAAGGCCUAUGCAACAAUUUCUAAUAGCCUACGUCAUGAUGAGCGUGCUGUAUGGGCACACUUGAAGCCUGUGUUUGAUGAGGUCCUGAGCAACAAGAAAAUAAAAACAUUACAUUUCAUGAGCGAUGGACCAUUGACUCAAUACCGUAAUAGAAAGAACUUCUACCUCAUGAGCACCUUACCGUUUCUGCGUGGAAUUGAGAACAUCACCUGGAACUACUCAGAAAAGUCCCACGGCAAAGGCGCUCCAGAUGGCGUUGGUGGAUCCGUUAAAAGAGGGGCAGACACCUUUGUUCUACAGGGAGGUGAUCUCCAAAAUCCAAAAGACUUAUUUGAGUUUCUGAAGAAGUCAGAUUCCAAUGUGGAAUUCUUCUGGAUAUCAGAAGAGGAUAUCUCCUUAAUUGAUGAAGCAGUGCCAGAAGAAUUACCUGUUGUGAAAGGCACUUUGGCAAUUCAUCAAGUGACUGCAAGUGCUACUACUCCAGGAAAAAUCUCUUUCAGAGACGUGUCAUGUUUUUGCCAUCGUAAUGGAGUUGUCUGUGAGUGUGGUGAGCCCUGUGAAUUUGAAAUGAAAGUCAGCUCCUUUUCCAGUAAAGAGGACAGUGAUGAAGACUUAGCUGGAAAGAUGGUCAUAGUGUCAUAUGAAGGAAAGCCAUUUGUGGGGCAAGUAUUGAAAGUUCUUGGUGAAGAAGUCGAAGUGUCCUGCAUGCAGCAAUCAGGAAGAAGAAACAACUUUGUUUGGCCUCAAGUGGCUGACGUUAUUUUCUACUUCAGGUCAGAUCUAAAAGCAAGAAUCUCAGAGCCAGAGCCCUUAACGAGUCGAAGCUCCAGGCUAUCUGAUGAGGACUGGAAUCGGUUUCUUUCAGUUUGAUUAAAAUAACCUGUUCAGUAUCUGGUUCACUGUGUAAGAGGCAAAUGUUGCUUUGUUAAUCGUUUAUGUAAAUUUUUAGAGAGAAAAAAACUUUUAAAUAUUCAAAGAUUAAUUUUAUCAUUCCAAAUGAAUUGUUGAACAUUAGUUAUUUAAAAUAUAAGCUAAGCAUUUGUUUUCUUGUGUAGAAUACAUGAAUUUGAAAA